GCUGAGAGUGAUCUAUGGGGCAGCAGCGCUCCAGUGAGGCCUAAGUGGGGCAGCUAUGGGUCAGCCGUGGGCGGGAGCUGUGGGGCAGCGCUGUGGGGCGGCGGCGGCGCUGGUGGGGCGCUGUGGGGCGGCGGCGGUGGCGGCGCUGAGCUAUGGGGCGGCCGUGGGGCUGAGGGCCCCGCAGGCCACCAACGUUCUGGCGCUGCUGACGGCGGCACUUGUGGGGCUCGAACCCACCCUGAGGGCCCUCCGCGACCCACACAGCGCCCUCAGCGCCCCACACAACCUCCUGGAGGCCCGUUUGAUCUCCUCGUCGGGCGGAUGGAGCUCUGUCCUUUUCACCUCCCUCCUGGUGGCUUCGUGGCCUCUCCUUCGCCGCCCGUGGCCUCCGGCGUUCCGCGCCGCCGCUCGCUGGGCCGUGGCUUUGGCGUUCGCCCGUUGGGCUCCGGAAUUCUUCUCGGCUUUAGAAGCCGCCACGGGGCGAUGCCUCAGCCCCACGGCCACCUCCGGCGCCGUCCUCCUCCUGCCCCACGGCGACCCACGGCGCUGCCGCCGCGACGGACACCGCUGGGACGGCUUCGCCCCUUCGCCGCAGGCGUUCGCGUUGGUCCAUUGGGGCCUCGGUUUGGCCGAAGAGGUCUCGGCCUUCGCGAAGGUCCUCUGGGGUCAACGUGGACCUCCCGGAAGAAGAUGGAGCUCUGAGGAACCUCAACGGAGGUGGUGGAACCGCCGGGAACCUUCAAAAUGGCCUUCUGGAGGACCUCCGGGAGGAAGGUGGAGCUUUGGAGGACCUCAAGAAGGACGAUGGAGCCUCGAAGGACCUCCGGGAGGAAGAUGGAGCCGUGAGGAACCUCAAUGGGGUCGUGAGGAACCUCAAUGGGGUCGUUGGAAGGAGGUGGAGGACCUCCCAGGAGGAAGUGGAGCUCUGGAGGACCUCCGGGAGGGAGGUGGAGCCACGAAGGACCUCCGUGGAGAAGGUUGGAAGGAGGUGGAGAAGGUCCGAAAGGAAGAUGGAGCCCUGAAGGACCUCCGGGAGGAAGGUGGAGCCCUGAAGGACCUCCAAAAUGGAGCCCUGAAGGACCUCCAGGAGGAAAAUGGAUCCACGAAGGACCUCCAGGACAAUGGAGCCAUGAAGGACCUCCAGGAGGACAAUGGAGCCAUGAAGGACCUCCAGGAGGACAAUGGAUCCAUGAAGGACCUCCGAGAUGGAGCCAUGAAGGACCUCCAGGAGGAAAAUGGGGCUCUGAAGGACCUCCAGGAGGACAAUGGAUCCACGAAGGACCUCCAGGAGGACAAUGGACCCAUGAGGAACCUCACUGGAGAAGGUUGGAAGGAGGUGGAGAAGGUCCGAGGGGGCCGUGGAGCUCCGGAGAAGCUCAUGGGUGGAGGUGGAACCUUGAAGGACCUCCAGGAGGACCUCAAGGAGGACCUCAAGGAGGUUGGCGGUGACCGAGAAGAUGGAAGUGACCUCCGUGAAGAACCCAAAGGUCCCGGGGUGGCUUUGUCUCUCCUCUUUCUCCUCAACGUGGCUCUGAUUGUCCUCUGGUGGCUUCUCCUGGCCGUCACCUUGACCUACCGGCACGAUUGGCCCCGCAACGCCGCCGGCGCCGCCGUGGGGUGGGCGACCUGGGGGGUCACCUACCGCGGGUGGUACCGCCGGCCGUGGUCACCGGGGCCACCGGGGGUGGGGCUCAGGGCCCGCUGA